GGACAAGUAUCUUUUUUUAACCGGAAGACGAGUGUCGGUGUCUCUCUUUCGAACACAAUUAAACGGAUAUAUCUUUUAAUUGAACAAAAUAAUAAGGUGGCCAAUAACUGGGGACCGUAUGACGAUAAUACUGGACGUAUUUGUUUUGCUAAACCGCUUAUCAAAAAGCUGUUAAUAGUAAUGUUUCCACUGAAACGUCAAACAUGCUAGUUGCUAAACCGUUAGCUAACAUUUUUACGUCAACAAUAAUCACAAAACAGUGAUGGCUUGAACCCAGGAUAACACUGUUGAAGGUAAUAUUUAGUAAACGCUGUUGAAUAUGCCGAUAAAACGAAGUUUCAAGCUAAUUGCGUCACGGAAGACAUGAUCAAUCUUGAUUGUGUUAUGUCUGAUUUAAUACGAAUAUGUAGCCUAAAUAUUACCCUACCAACAAUACAUUUCAAUGGACUGCUUUUACAUGAUAGAUUUAUGAUACAACUCAAUGACACACAGGCCUAUUGGUGAACCAAAGCUGCAAAGCUGUCAGUUUAAAUCAACGUAAAUGCAAUGACAUGGCUCAGGGUUUUGAUAAUUCCUUCAAGAUCAGGCACCAAUCCAAACUUUUGCAAGCUACAUCCAAACCAUUGCAGGUGGUGUUACUUGGUAAAACAGGAGCAGGAAAGAGUGCCGCAGGAAACACCAUCCUGGGACGCAAAACAUUUUUCUCAAAGAAGAGUUCCAAAUCAGUGACUGCUGAUAUUGAGAAACAAAAUGUCACCAUUGAAGGAAUAGAUCUUGUCGUGUAUGACACUCCAGGAUUCUGUAACUCCGAUCAAUCCGAAGAGCAAAUUCAGGAGAAAUUCCAGGAAGUCCUCAAGUUAACCUCAUCUGGUCCCCGUGUGUUUCUCCUGGUGGUGAAGAUAGACAGAUUAACAGAAGAAGAGAUGAGGGUCAUCAGUAAAGUAGAAGGUCUUCUAGGAGAGAGUCUUUUGAAGCAAACCUGGAUCCUGUUCACCAGAGGAGAUGAGUUAGAAGACCAGACUAUAGAAGAAUUAAUUGCUGACUCUGAUGUCGUCACAGAAGUGAUGAGAAAAUACGGUGGAAGAUACCAUGUGUUCAACAACAAGAGGGGUGAUCCUGAGCAGGUCAAAUCACUGCUGAAAAAGACAUCCAUCUAUCUCAAUUCAACACUUUCAAGGAGCUCCUCCAUCAGGAAUCUCCCAGAGAGAAGGAUGGUUCUGCUUGGAAAAACUGGUGUUGGGAAGAGUGCAACAGGAAACACCAUCCUGGGACGAAAGGAUUUUGUCUCAAAGAAGAGUUCCAAAUCAGUGACUGUUAAUAUUGAGAAACAAAAUGUCACCAUUGAAGGAAUAGAUCUUGUCGUGUAUGACACUCCAGGAUUCUGUAACCCCGAUCAAUCUGAAGAGCAAAUUCAGGAGAAAUUCCAGGAAGUCCUCAAGUUAACCUCAUCUGGUCCCCGUGUGUUUCUCCUGGUGGUGAAGACAGACAGAUUAACAGAAGAAGAGAAGAGGGUCAUCAGUAAAGUAGAAGGUCUUCUAGGAGAGAGUCUUUUGAAGCAAACCUGGAUCCUGUUCACCAGAGGAGAUGAGUUGGAAGACCAGACUAUAGAAGAAUUCAUUGCUGACUCAGAUGACCUCACAGAAGUGAUGAGAAAAUACAGUGGAAGAUACCAUGUGUUCAACAACAAGAGGGGUGAUCCUGAGCAGGUCAAAUCACUGCUGGAAAAGACAUCCAUCUAUCUCAAUUCAACACUUUCAAGGAGCUCCUCCAUCAGGAAUCUCCCAGAGAGAAGGAUGGUUCUGCUUGGAAAAAGCAGUGUUGGGAAGAGUGCAACAGGAAACACCAUCCUGGGUGGGACAAGUUUCCAUUCUGAAUCGAACUGGUCCCCAGUAACAACUAAAACAGAAAUGAAGCAGGCAGCAGUAGAUGGGAGGGAUGUCAGUGUGGUUGACACUCCAGGACUGUUUGACACAACGCUUCCUGCUGAAGAAUUAGCAAUGGAGAUUGGUAGGAGCAUCUAUGAGUCUAGUCCAGGGCCUCAUGCCUUCCUCAUAGUUUUACGAGUGAAUGACAGGUUCACAGAGCAGGAGAAAAAAGCUAUUGAAAUUCUAGAGAGUUUGUUUGGGUCAGGACUGGCAAAGCACGCCAUCAUCCUCUUCACCCAUGGAGAUGCUUUAGAGGGUAACGGUAUAGAGAAGCUGAUUGGUGGGAACAGAGACAUCAGGGGAGUGUUAGAGCAGUGUGGGGGGAGGUACCAUGUCCUCAACAAUAAAGCCAGAGGAAACAGAGAUCAGGUCACAGAGCUGAUGGAGAAGAUAGACAGAAUGGUGGAGGAGAAUGGAGGAACCUGCUACACCAAUGAGAUGUUUGAGGAUGCAGCCAGGAUUAAGAAAGAGGAGGAGGAGAGGAUCCAGAGGGAGGAGGAGGAGAGGAUCCAGAGGGAGAUAGAGGAGAGGAUCCAGAGGGAGGAGGAGGAGAGGAUCCAGAGGGUGGAGGAGGAGAGAUUCAAUAUGGAGAGGAGGGAGCGGGAGAGGGAGAGGAUGGAGAUGAUGGAGAUGAUGGAGAUGAUUGAGAGGAUCCAGAGUGAGAGAAUGGAGAGGAGGGAGCGGGAGAGGGAGAGGAUGGAGAUGAUGGAGAUGAUGGAGAUGAUUGAGAGGAUCCAGAGUGAGAGAAUGGAGAGGAGGGAGCGGGAGAGGGAGAGAAUGGAGAUGAUGGAGUGGAUGGAGAGGGAGAGGAUCCAAAGGGAGAGGGAGAGGCCAAAACAAGAUGACAAGAGCUGUGAAAUCAUGUAAUCAGCCUUUUUUUUUGUAGUGAUUGAGUCUGCGUUCAUCACAAACGUUUCCAUUGAAUACAUAACCUGUGAUGAAGAAGGCUACUCUGACUGUAUGUGAUGAACCUCCUUUAAGUCACAGUUGAAUGGAUCAGAAUGAAACGUGUCCUUAACUGUCAUGUCGACCACUUAAACAAUGUUGGUCAGUACAGCGUACAAGGGCAGCACAGUUAUAACGUAUGUGUCCUGUAGUGUGUUGUACAAGGGCAGCACAGUUAUAACGUAUGUGUCCUGUAGUGUGUUGUACAAGGGCAGCACAGUUAUAACGUAUGUGUCCUGUAGUGUGUUGUACAAGGGCAGCACAGUUAUAACAUAUGUGUCCUGUAGUGUGUUGCAUGCUAACAGUCAAAAUAAUGGGCAUCACUAAAAUGUUUUGUCAAAUGCAUAGAGGUAUGUGAAAUAGAUAGUGACUGGACAUUGUGAAUGUUUCAUGUAACAACAUGACCAUUUUUCGGAUUUUCAUACAGUUUAAACAUCUCCAGAUCUUAACCGUACGGAUCCAACAGUCCCAGGUUACACCUUAUGUCAAGUCAGCACCAGACUACAGCCAUUCCUUCAACUCAACACUCAUGGUUUUGUUUCAUGUAUAAUUCCUAGGACCCUCGUCAGCCUGGUCCUGAACUGUUGUCACCACUAUGGUCCGGUAGACGAUACUGUAGUAUUAAACACAGAUCUCCAGACUCAGACAGUGUGGCUACUGAGGAGCUGACUGACUGGUUACUACAUACAGUAUACAAUGUGGAUACUCAGUAACUGACUGGUUACUACAUACAGUAUACAAUGUGGAUACUCAGUUACUGAUUGGUGGUUACUACAUACAGUAUACAAUGUGGAUACUCAGUAACUGACUGACUGGUUACUACAUACAGUAUACAAUGUGGAUACUCAGUAACUGACUGGUUACUACAUACAGUAUACAAUGUGGAUACUCAGUAACUGACUGGUUACUACAUACAGUAUACAAUGUGGAUACUCAGUAACUGACUGGUUACUACAUACAGUAUACAAUGUGGAUUCUCAGUAACUGACUGGUUACUACAUACAGUAUACAAUGUGGAUACUCAGUAACUGACUGACUGGUAACUACAUACAGUAUACAAUGUGGAUACUCAGUAACUGACUGGUUACUACAUACAGUAUACAAUGUGGAUACUCAGUAACUGACUGGUGGUUACUACAUACAGUAUACAAUGUGGAUACUCAGUAACUGACUGGUUACUACAUACAGUAUACAAUGUGGAUACUCAGUAACUGACUGGUGAUUACUACAUACAGUAUACAAUGUGGAUUCUCAGUAACUGACUGGUUACUACAUACAGUAUACAAUGUGGAUACUCAGUAACUGACUGACUGGUUACUACAUACAGUAUACAAUGUGGAUUCUCAGUAACUGACUGGUUACUACAUACAGUAUACAAUGUGGAUACUCAGUAACUGACUGGUUACUACAUACAGUAUACAAUGUGGAUACUCAGUAACUGACUGGUUACUACAUACAGUAUACAAUGUGGAUACUCAGUAACUGACUGGUUACUACAUACAGUAUACAAUGUGGAUUCUCAGUAACUGACUGGUUACUACAUACAGUAUACAAUGUGGAUACUCAGUAACUGACUGGUUACUACAUACAGUAUACAAUGUGGAUACUCAGUAACUGACUGGUGAUUACUACAUACAGUAUACAAUGUGGAUACUCAGUAACUGACUGGUGGUUACUACAUACAGUAUACAAUGUGGAUACUCAGUAACUGACUGGUGAUUACUACAUACAGCCUGUUUCACUGUACCACUGUAGGCAUAUCAUGUUUAUCAUUUCAUUGCUGGUUGUUGUAUAUAUGAACAUUGUAUAUUUGUUUCUUGAUCUUUGUGUUUUUAUUGUGAGAGCUCAAGUAAUAUUUCCAAUCUAUUCCUUUACACAUGGCAAAUAAACUUUGUAAAACUUUGUAAAAA